UUUUGAUGGCAAACACGCCAGACGUAGGACUUAAAGGAGGUGUCCACUGAUCCCUUAUUUACCCACCAUCAUGUCUUCGGAGAGCACCUUGGAUGAUGAGGACACCUUUAAAAUCCUGAUUGCUACAGAUGUUCACCUGGGUUACCUGGAGAAGGAUGCCAUCCGUGGUGCUGACACCUAUACCACAUUGGAGGAGAUCCUGGAAUAUGCCAAAAAGUAUCAGGUUGAUUUCAUCCUGCUGGGAGGUGAUUUGUUCCACGAGAACAAGCCAACAAGGCGAUGCCUUCACAACUGCAUCACUAUGCUAAGAAAGUACUGCAUGGGAGACACGCCCAUACACUUCAAUAUACUGAGUGACCAGACUGUCAACUUCAACACCACCCAGUUCCCCUGGGUUAACUAUCAGGAUGGAAACCUGAACAUCUCUAUUCCUGUAUUCAGCAUUCAUGGUAACCAUGAUGACCCAACUGGGGCUGAAGGUUUGUGUGCGCUGGAUCUGCUAAGUGCCUCUGGUCUUGUCAAUCACUUUGGUCACUCCCAGUCAGUGGAGAGGAUAGAGAUUAGCCCCAUCCUCAUGCAAAAAGGCAGCACUAAACUGGCCUUAUAUGGUCUUGGUUCUAUCCCAGAUGAGCGUCUGUACAGGAUGUUCGUCAACAACCAAGUGACCAUGCUCCGUCCCAAAGAAGACCAAGAUGAGUGGUUUAACCUCUUCACCAUCCACCAGAACAGGAGUAAGCACGGUCCCACCAACUAUAUUCCUGAGCAGUUCCUGGAUGAGUUUCUUGACUUGGUGGUGUGGGGUCAUGAGCAUGAGUGUUUGAUACAACCAACCAGAAAUGAACAGCAGCUUUUCUACGUGACACAGCCGGGCAGCUCGGUAGCCACAUCCCUGUCCCCUGGAGAGGCUGCCAAGAAGCACAUAGGGCUGCUCAGGGUGAAGGGUCGUAAGAUGAACCUGCAGAAGAUCCCCCUAAAGACAGUGCGCCAGUUCUUCAUCCAGGAUGUGGUGCUAGCUGACUACCAAGACCUCUUCACACCAGAUACACCCCAGGUCACAAAGAAAGUGGAGAAUUUCUGCUGUGCCAAGGUCAAUGAGAUGCUAGAUGAAGCUGAGAGAGAAAGACUGGGCUGUCCGCUCACUCCAGAGAAACCUCUAAUUCGCAUCAGGGUGGACUACAGUGGGGGUUUUGAGGCAUUCAACACUUCUCGAUUCAGUCAGAAGUUUGUGGACCGCGUGGCCAACCCAAAAGACAUCAUUCACUUUCUCAGACGCCGAGAGCAAAAGGAGGACAUCAAAGAUGAAGUCAAUAUUGACUACGGCAAGCUGGUAAAAACCACUGCAGUUGAGGGUUUGAGAGUGGAGGACCUUGUUAAACAGUACUUGGAGGCAGCCGAAAAGACAGUGCAGCUGUCUCUGCUGACCGAGCAGGGCAUGGGGAAGGCCAUUCAGGAAUUUGUAGAUAAAGAUGAGAAAGACGCCAUUGAGGAGCUGAUCACUUAUCAGCUAGAGAAGACGCAGCGUCACCUCCAGGCCAGAGGAGUGACCACAGAGCAAGAUAUUGAUACAGAGGUCCGGCUAUUCAGAGACUCCAAAAAGAACACAACAGAGGAAGAGAAUGAGAUCAAAGAAGCAAUAAACAGAGCCAAGGCUCAUCGGCUGGAGCGUGGGGAUGACCAGGGCAUAUCUGACGAGCUUGCUGAUGUUGCUAUGGACUCUGACGAUGGCUUAGAUUUCCCUCCCGCCACGAGAGGCAGAGGGCGAGGAGGCAGGGGGAGGGGUGGCCGAGGAAGGGGCAGAGGUGCAGCUGCCUCUGAACCAAAGCCAUCUGGUCGCGGCCGCUCCAAGAAAUCCUCAGCAGCAGCCCCAAGCAGAAGUAUUAUGCAAGCAUUUCAGGCACCAUCCCAGAGACCUUCUCGGGCUGGAGCAUCCAAGUCCUACGUAGACGAUGAUAUUACCAUUGACGACUUUGAUGAAGAUUUCCCUAUAGUGAAAUCUUCUCGAGCUCCUCCAAGAACAACGUCGUCAUCAUCUUCGUCCUUCUCUAAGCCCAGCUCUCAGAGCCAGAGCCAGUCGUCUAGAGGUGUUGCAUUUGAUGACAGUGACGACGAUGAUGAUGAGGAUAAUCCUUUCAAAGGCCCCAGCAAUCGUGCGCGAAGAUAACCAUAACUGCAUUAUUUCUAUACCACUUGUUCAUUAUGUUGAUUUUCCAAAAAUAAUUGUAAAUGCUAAUUAGUAAGUGAGCUGCAGUGGUGCUGUUCUGAAGGACUCCAACAUUUUCUCAGCACUCAGCUUUCACAAUGAUCAAUCUGUUUGUAUGAACG